AUGCGCGCGAGGCCAGAGGAGAUUGACAGCUCGCUCAGGGCCACUGCCAAUCUCAAGGACUCGCGCUCCGUGCAGGCGCGAGAGUCGCUGGAGACAGAGAGAAGGAAGCUGCGGAGUGAGCUGGGGGCGGCCGAGCCCGCCCCCGCACAGCUGCGUUCGCUGGCGUUCCAAGCGCGCAAGCUACAGCUGAAGCGGACCAAGCAUGAGGACCUCCUGGCCAGUGCCAAAGUUGAGCUGGAGAUGGCCGAGGAGGCGAUCCGCGUGCAGGAGGAGCUGGUGGCAGAGACCGACAGGGCCAUCCUGCAGAUCAACGAGGAGCAAGCACGCCUGGCGGCGUCCGUUCCCAGGCCUCCUGAGGCCAACGCGGUGGAUGAGAGGGUGGAGGCGUUGGCCAUCAGCGUCGGCAAGUUGGGCUCCUUCCUCCAAGGGCUCGGCGACGACGGCACGCUCACCGCGAAGCUCGGGUUCGGGCGCUGGAGGAGGGCAAGAAGACCGCGGAGCAGGAGGCAGCCCGUGCUGCAGCUGAGCAGAGUGGCCGAGUUCCAGGGAGCCAAGUCCAACAUAUCGGGCGUGGACACACCUUGCCCCGAUGACGGGGACAUCGGCGAGCUUCGGGAGUUCCUGGGCAAGGUGGGCAUCGAG